AUGUCUAAACCAAGCAUAGUUCAGCGAUUCCGUCAAACCCUUGGACGCGCUCUCCGGGAAACUGGACAGGCUUUGGAGCGUCUCGGGGUCAAGACAGCAUCACUGGCCAACACAAAGCACGAUUUUUACGACGAUCCGGUACCCUACGAAGACUUUUUAUCCCGACACCGUCACCAACUUCCAUUUUUAAUGAGUGGUCGCCCCAUUGUUCAUGACGAUGUGGCAUACUUGGCACCUUGCAGUACUCUGAUAGGAUCAGUUAGGGUUGGCCCAGGUGCAUCGAUAUGGUACGGGGCAAUUUUACGAGCAGACCUGUGUGCUAAUGCCAACAACGAAGUCGAUCCAUGGGAAAUUACCGGUCGAGAAUCUCGAACUACUUAUCAUGGAGGAGGUAUUUUCAUCGGAGAAGACUCUAAUGUCCAGGACGGAGCAAUCCUAACCUCCCGAUCAGACCAUUGUAGAAUCGGGAAAGGUGUCACCAUUGGUCACUUGGCUCAAAUUCAUAGCGCGACCGUCGGUGAUUUCAGCUUAAUUGGCAUGGGCAGUGUUGUGCUAGAAGGCGCUGUCGUGGAGACCGAGGCCUUUGUUGCGGCUGGUGCGGUGGUCGCACCUGGACAAGUAAUUAAAGAAGGUGAGCUAUGGGUAGGAAACCCUGCACGCAAGCUACGCGACCUGACACCACCUCAGCGAGAAAAGUUGCACUAUCAAAGUAGCGAAUACGUCAAGGUGGCAGAUAUGCACGUCGGCAGCAUGGAAUUAGGAGGGAAUCUAUCACAAGAACUGCUUGAAGAGCGGUACCCAAGUUUGCCCCCUGGAAAUGUUGCGCUCGCCGAUGUUGUCAACGAGCAUGAUGGUGAUACAAUGCACGAGUCCAAAGAAGAUAGAGCGGCGCCAACUUCUACGAAAGGGGGGCCAAUAUAA